GAUUUAUUCCAUUUUCAUUGUUGGUCAUUGUAAUACGUACGCAAUUCCAAGGCAUCCAGUGUUUUUCAGUUACUGGGAAAGAAACGCAAAGAACAAAGACCACUUAGCGAUAAAAAAAAAGGAACGAGUAACGAGUCAUUUGGGGUCUUUUUAGGUCUUUACAAGUACACCAUUUUAAGAUGCAAUGGGUAUACAGUUGGUUUUUCUAAAACAGGGAUGAUUUAUUGUAAUCUUGUUGCUUGUAUCGUCGUUACUACCGUCCUGUCUAACAUAACUAUGGACGUAUUGUAUUUUUGGGGGCUUUUUUGUAUUCGAGGUUUCGGUUGAAUGGGGUGGCGAGUCUUUCCGAAGGAGCCUUCGACAAUCACAACAACAGAUAUCAAAACAAGCAUGACAGGAUCUCAGUCAGUGUAUCUUUAGUCUAUGGUCAGGGCAUGUACCAAAACUCAAUCAAGGAAAGGAGGAUUAGAUGCUUAAGGUCGAUUUUGAUGCAGUGAUUCGUUCGAAAUCAGCCAGAAAAAAAAUCAAACAACCAAGUGAUCAUGGGCGUCCGGGGCCUCUCCACCUUUCUUUUUGACGAUGGCCAGUUUUUUAAGCGUUCUCGACUGGGUCAAGAAAAAGUGGUCAUUGAUGGAAAUAACCUUCGCUAUGCACUAUAUGCGUCCACCAAAGGCUUAAAUCCCUCUCUGGGAGGGGAUUACCAUAAGUAUUAUGAGACGGUCCGCCAACACUUUUUGACGAUGCGCGAGUGUGGAAUUCAACCUAUUGUGAUUAUGGAUGGUGCCUAUGAGCCUUCUGGCAUUAAGCGGGCCACAGUCUUGAAACGGAUGCGUGAUAAAGCUCGGUUGGCAGUCCAAACCAAUACGGGUAAUCAGAACCGCAUCCGAGUGCUUCCAUUGUUCGCUCUGGAUGUGUUCUUGGGUGCAUUGAAAGAUCUGGACGUGGAGGUAAUCCAGACCGAAUUUGAGGCAGACGCCUUUAUGGCAUCCUACGCCUUUGAGGCGGGCUGUGCAGUCAUCACGCAGGACUCGGAUUUUUUCGUGUUUCCCGUCCGGAUGAUUCCGUUGGGCUCAAUUGUCUGGAGUGCCGAGCAGGAUGCCGAUUCCGAAGCCAAGUAUAUGCCUUGUGAGGAGUUCAAUCGAGAGAAAUUCUUGACACACUAUCAAAUGGACCAAAGUCGAUGCAAUCUAAUGGCUUCGAUUUUAGGCAACGACUAUUUGCCACCGUCCACGUUUCAGAACUUCUUCGCCCGGAUUCCUUUGCCCAAAUCCAAACGAAUCUCACCCCGGAUGAAGAUCAUCCGAGGGUUCCUACAAUGGAUAGCGAAGGAAAAGGACGUAGAUGAGGCCAUUCAAAAGAUCCUGGUUUAUUCUCCUCAGCGACGAAGAAGCUGGCAAGAGGCCAAGAUCCGGGCAUCUCUGGCCAUGUACGGUGGUCAAGAUAUCCAAUCCCGAGGUGAUCCGACUAGCUUGCUAUCCAAAGAUGGCCAAUCUCUACCUGUGUGUGUCUUGCAAGAAUACAGACAAGCAAAAUACUCCACCUCUGUUUUGGACAUUUUUUGCAAUGAGGAAUUCUUCGUCUCGACAUUAGUGGAGAACAUUCACGAGGAGAGCUCUCAUUUGUGCGCGCAAGAAGUUCUCUCUCUCAUCUGUUCCAUAUUACUUCAAACCUGUGCCGCAGAGACCGUGGUCGUGUUUCUUCGGCAAAAGCAAGGAAUGAAAGCCCAAAAAUUGGAUCUGACCAAGGAUCCGAGCUUCAAUUUGGAGACACUUCGGGGGUUGGAUAUUCCGAGGAAGAUCGCAUUCUUUCAGAGAAAACUUAAUUUGAAAACAGUUCCGAUGAAGUCUGGGAGUACUACGGGUGAUUGCGUUUUAUUUCAAAUGGCUUUGAAGAUUUGGUCGCGGAACACUCCAAUUUAUUCGACGGAACUGCAUGCCCUAUGUUUUUGGCUGAUGAUUCAACUGUCCUUAAAUAGCUCAACACAACUGAAUGCUUGGUUCAGUCUGAACGAACACAGUUCUCUCAAUGAAGAAGAGAGAGACAAAUUGAAUAAACUUUUCCAACGAUUUGCUCGCACCAACCUUGAGAUGAAGUCCAAGGCACACAAAUUUCCUUUGGAUUUCGUGUACAAAACAAACCGCCUCCAAGCUGUGAUGAAACAUUUGGAAACUCUAGCCCAACUCGUGAAGUGGGACAGUGCCAAAUUUUGCAUGAAUCAAAUUUGGCACGGCACUCUGCUUUUCAACCUUCAUCAUGACUUGGAAGAAUACCGUGACGUGGACAAUCGCGUUCAAGCUCUACUUAGUUUCGACCCGACCCUUUGGCAGGUUUACCAAUAUCUGCACGCAAUUCUGGUUCCACUGGUUGACCUGACCUCAAAUGCCGGGAAUAAGAAUAAAGGGAAGCGGAUUCCCAAGAACAAAAGAGGCACACCAAUGAGUGGGGACACUUUGGAUGCCAAUAACCUAUUCGCCUUGCUAUCUCUUGAAAAGGAGAAUGAUAACCUUCCAGUAUGAUCCAUUUCAAUGUGGGGUCGAUUUAUUUGACUACCUUGAGAAGCAAAUAUAUGAUCAUAAAAAGCCUUUUGUCAUUAUGC